UAGGGGAGAUAGAAGAUACGAAAAUGAUUUCAGAAACAAUACACAGGAGGGAGGAUGGAGGAGAGAUAACAGGAAUGAUAGAAAUAGGUAUUGGGGAAGAGAACAAGAUAGAAGGGGGUUUGUUGAAACUAGUGAACAAAACGACAACUACAAACGGACAGACCGAGGGAACCAGCCGGGAAACGGUGGACAGUCCCGCUAGAUGUCCGUAGUUUUGGGGCUAGACAAUAUUAUGAUAGGACAACAUUUAACCGAAACUGGAAAAGGAGAGGAUACAAUGUAAAGAGUAAAUACCAUGAAAAUACUGAUGUUUUUAGAAUGAAUAAAUUAGAAUUUAAUAAAAGGUUUUGGGAUACUAUGAGUAAAAGUGAUACAGUUAAUAAAAACAGUGUUCAAGCACAGGUAGUUAGGGAAAGUGCAGAAGUUGAAGGUAUUGCAGAGUUCCAUACUUGGGCUGAAAAAGAUACUGGCGUUAAUAACAAGUCAGACACACCACAAAUAGAAUCUAUUUUGGGGGGUUUAUUUGAUAAGAAGGGGGAUGCCGAAGUGUUUAAUGGAGCCAAAGACUCAAUUGCUGAGAUUCAGGUACAUAGGGGAGAAACUGAAGAUGGGGUUGUUGUGGAGGAGGAGGAAGAAGUAAUAGAGGGACAUUUAAAUAAUGAUCCUAAAUCAAGUGAUGUUAUUGAUGAGAGUGUGGAGGAAGAAAUAAAAGUAUUUGUAGAAUUGAGAAGUGAUUAUGUAGUAAAGGUAAGUGAUGUGACAAACAUGGGUAAUAAUGAGGUUAAUUUAAGUGAAAUGCAGACUAGGGAAUGUGUAUCUGAGGACAAGCUAUUGCCUAUUGGGAACUAUGAAACACUAAUCUAUGAGAAUGGUAAUAAUAAUAAUAAUAAUAAUAAAGAAAAUAUAAAGGGAUGGAAUGUAAAUGUGUGUUUUCAAGAAAAAGGGGAAAAGUUUUUAGAAGUUUUGUGGAACAACUAUGGAAACAGUAUAAACAAAGAUGCCUUUUGGAAAGAAUUAGCAAAGGUAAGUGCAACCUUGUAUCCUACAUGGUGGACAAAAAUCCGUAGUGGACUUUAUAAAAAAUGGGGUGACAACACAGUGUUAAGAGGAACAGAUGAAAACAAAGGUUUAUGUUUAAAUGUCAAUGCUUUGCAAACAGAGAGGGAUGUGUCUAAGUGUAGGAAAGAGACAUUAGACUUAGGAACUAAAGAAAUUGAAAAUGAUCUAUUGUUUGAAAGUACUGAAAUAGACAAAGAUGUUGAGCUAGGUUGUCCAUAUGUUAAAGUAAACAUUUACAUUGGUCCAUUUGAAAUAAAAGAAAGCCCACAUCCUAAUGCGUAUAGACUUAUCUUUCCCAGAUCAAGAAGGUUAUUUGGAUUAAGAAACAUCACUGAAUUGAAACCAUAUAAACAUGAUUAAGCACAUUUCCCUGUUUGAAUUUUCCGUAAAGCAUUUUAUCAGCAAAGAUUUUUACUGGGUGUGUCAAAUACCAACUACCACUCAUCCUACAGACCCUGGAAAAGUUCCAGAUCUCUGAGAGAAUGUUUUUAUAUUUGUAUUUUCACUAUUGAAUAUUAAAUUUUGAGACAUCUUCCUUACUUGCAAUGGGCAAUAAGGUGACAAACAUUUAUUACUUUCUUUUUGUAUUGUUGAAUAUGGGGCAUACUUGCACCAAAUAAAAGACAAUGUAAAAAAUUGUUGUGCAAGACCCAUCAUUUUGUUACUAUUGUUUUCUUAGGCAUAAGAUUUGUGUACAAUUUUCUACAGCUAAUCAGAUGUUCACCAAGUUUGAUG